AUGAGUCAAUUGCAAAAAGCAGACCCCAACAAGCAACAAUGGGAAGAAUCCGAAUUCCCGAUUGUUUGCGAGACUUGCCUUGGCGACAACCCUUACGUCCGCAUGACGAAGCAAUCGUUUGGCAAAGAAUGCAAGAUUUGCUCGAGGCCGUUUACAGUGUUUCGUUGGCUCCCUGGCACCAAUAUGCGAUACAAGAAGACCGAGAUCUGCCAGAUUUGUGCAAAGUUGAAGAACGUGUGUCAAACUUGUGUAUUGGAUCUACAAUAUGGUCUUCCUGUCCAAGUUAGAGAUGAAGCAUUAAAUAUCCAUUCCGAGGCUCCCAAUUCUGAUGUGAAUCGACAAUACUAUGCACAAAACAUUGCUGGCAAGGGUGAAGAUGAGAAGAACAUGUAUGAUCCCAACAAGUUGACAGCAUCUAGCCGUGAAGUUUUGCAGCGAUUAGCCCGCAGCGAGCCUUAUUACAAGCGUAAUCGACCACACAUUUGCUCCUUCUUUGUCAAAGGCGAAUGUACACGUGGAAGCAAUUGCCCUUAUCGACACGAAUUGCCAGGUGACCCUGAACUUGCACAGCAGAAUAUCAAGGAUCGCUAUUAUGGUUCAAAUGACCCUGUGGCCGCCAAAAUCAUGAGUCGAGUUCGCAGCGCGACAUCUUCGUUGAACCCACCAGAGGAUAAGACAGUGACUUCUCUAUUUGUAACAGGCGUUGAGCAAACCAUCACAGAGGCUGAUUUGAGGGAACAUUUUUCCACCUAUGGUCAGCUUAAAUCUGUAGUCGUUGUUCACAAAUCCAAAUGUGCAUUCGUCAACUUUGCAACAAGAACAGCCGCUGAACUUGCAGCAGAUCGAAUUGCGGAUGCUGGUUUGACAUUGCAAGGACAUCCAUUACGAGUGACGUGGGGCAAAGCACGACCUCAGGGACCAAAAUCUGACAAGAAAAAAAGCGCAGCAUCAUCAAUCUCUUUGGGUGCAAUGCAACCACCUGCUCCUCCAUCAAUCUCAGGAUCCACUGCCAAGUACCCUAGCCAGGACCCAACUGCAAAAGGAUCGAAUGUGUAA